AUGGAUCUCCAACAGCCCACACCUCACGACUCACCCUCACUAUCCGACAGCGAAUCCUCCUUUGGCAUCCCAGCAGAACAAGUCGACAUAAUCAGAAGCAUAGUCGACAAAUGGCACAAGAAGCCCUUACAGAUCGCCAGCGAUAUUGUCUCCGCCUUGGAAGGUGGCGACCACACCCACAUCCCUCUGAUCGUCCGUGACGGAGAAGCCCAAGAAGUAGUCGUCUGGGCCAAAUGCGACACAGGCGCCUGCGCAAACUUCAUCACCAUGGCUCUAGUCCGCAAACUCAAACUCGAAUACAGUCUCCAGAAAAUCGAUGACUACGAAGCUGCAAAGAACCUUGAAUCCACUCCUCGCGAUCAUCUCGGUGUUGGCCUGAUCAAGAAAGUGUGUGGGUUUGAGGGCACAGAGGUCGGUGUGAGAUACAUUCUGAACUUGACCUUCCAGACGGGCAAGUACAGGAAAGAGCACCAAGACGUAGAGUUUGAGGUUUUGGAGAUUGGGGAUGGACUGGUGAGCCCUUCCGCUAAUGAAAGGACGGAUCUCUUCCUGGGGGCCAGCUGGUUGUUCAAAAACGAGGUUUUCAUGUUGAGAAAGAGCUAUUAUGUGGAUCCACCGAAGGACUUGCCUGUGGUGGAGACAGUGCCUUCGCAGGACAGCGAGUUGACGCCGAUUGGAAGGCCUCCGAGUGGUAUCUACAUCCCGAGAGGCACUCCUUCGAUCAGACUAAGCGCCAGUCCAGCACCUCCAAGGUUACCGAGGGGACGCAUGGCAUGA